CGGUAAUCCAGGAAGUAAGCUGUCCGGUUCUAUCUGCGGCCGGAUCUCACAAGGAAGUCGGGCCAGUAAAUACGUGUCAAAUUCAAUAUUCCAACUCGCUUUCCCGAAGACUUCUGAAGGGACACAGCGACGACUCCUCGCCACAGAUAUCCUAGCGUCCCCCUCCACAGCAGAGCCGCUCAGUCAGGCUGACAGCGGUGGCAGUGACGCACACACACACACACACACACACACAUCACAUCACACACAACACCUCUUAGACGAUGGUGGACUCCACGCUGGCUCAAGUGGGCAAGAAUCUGAGUCAAGCCAUGAGAAUACUGGAAGACGGACAGAGAGAACUGGAGGCAGGAACAGAGAGGUGGCGCUUCAGCAGAACCAGCAUCCCUGGACCCCUGCAGGGAGAUGGUCAGGAUGUUGCCACUGUACUGCACCUAGUUCACAACCUCAUACAUGAAGGGGAAGAGGAGGAAGACAAGCCCAGCCAACAUAGGAUGCAGAAUGUGGGUGAACAGGGUCACAUGGCCUUGCUGGGUCACAGCCUGGCAGCCUACAUCUCUGUCCUGGACAGAGAGCGACUGCGGAAGCUGACCACUCGGAUCCUGUCUGACACAACGCUGUGGCUCUGCAGACUGUUCAGGUACGAGAAUGGCUCAGCCUACUUCCACGAGGAUGACAGGGAUGGCCUAGUCAAAGUGUGUCGGCUGGUAAUUAAUGCCCGUUAUGAAGAAUAUGCUUCAGAGGGCUACGCAGUCCUCAGCUCCAAACAGCCAGUCAUCUACCAGAGUGCUUCCGGCAGGCCUGGGCUGGGACAGCACCUGUGCAGCCAGCUUGGCUUGCCACUCUCUAGUCUGUGCACAGUCCCAUGCAACACCGUCUUUGGAUCCCAACACCAAAUGGACGUUGCACUGUUGGACAAACUGAUCAAAGAGGACAAAGAAGCUGGGAAGCUUCCUUUGCUGCUUAUCGCCAACGCAGGUACCCCUGGGGCAGGACAUACAGAUAAGUUGGGUCGUCUGAAGGACCUUUGUGAUCAGUACAGCAUGUGGCUCCAUCUGGAGGGGGUCAACCUGGCAACCCUAGCACUGGGUCAGGCCACCUCUGCGAUCAUGGCUGCCAACAGAAGUGACAGUAUGACACUGACACCAGGUCAGUGGCUGGGACUGCCUGCUGUAAGCGCUGUCACCCUCUACAGACACGAAGACCCAGCACUGUCUUUGGCAGCAGGUUUGACCUCCAGCCAGCCGGUGGCAAAGCUGCGAGCGUUGCCUCUCUGGCUCUCCCUGCAGUACCUCGGUCACAAUGGAAUUGUUCAGAAGAUCAAACAUGCCACCGUUCUGAGCCAGCAACUGCUGCAGAAGCUAAAGACUCUGGCCUCCAUCAAAACAUCACAUCCAGUGGGGGUUCAGUGGAAGGUUACUGUGCAGGGGAGAAAGAGGUGCUUGACACCUUUAACAGAUGGUUGGGUGAACAGCUGCUCCAGCUGGUUCCCGCUAGUGGAAUGGAUGUGGUGGAGCUUGAAGACGAGGGUACAUGUGUUCGCUUCAGUCCCCUCCUGACUGCUGCAGUUCUGGGGACCCAGCAGGGGGAUGUUGAGGACCUGGUGGAGAAGCUGUCAGAGCUGGUGCCUGUGAUGAGCUCCACAAUGUCCCUUAGACAGGACUUCAGAGAGGAAACCCACCGACAUUCACCGUCGCUCAUAUACGUAGAAGAGCUCAGCUGGCCUGGCUUGGGUGCUGUCCGGUACGAACCUCAGGCUGAAGGAAUCGAUGAGAGCAGGAGGAAGCAGGAGCUGGAGAAAAUCAACACUGAGCUGCUGAAGAAACUACAAGAGCUUGACACCGAUAUCAUCUUCUCCACUGGCCCUGAGUUUGGGACACAAGAGGACUGUAUCUUUGUUGGCAUGGUGACUGAGGACGUUGAUGUUUCAGAGCUGGUGAAUACAAUAGCUACCCUCGGGAGGGACAUAGAGGAGAGUGGAAGGCUUUUGGAGAACAUGACAGAGGUGGUGAGGAAAGGCAUCAUGGAGGCAGAGCUGCAGCUGCAAAAGGCCAAUGAGGAGAAACUCAUGGAAGAGGGAGUGAUGAGACAGCUUCCUCUGGUUGGCUCUGUGUUAAACUGGUUCUCUCCAGUUCAAAGCUCCAUAAAGGGCAGGACCUUCAACCUGGCUGCAGGUUCCCUGGACUCCACAGAGGUGACUUACUCCACCAAGGCCCAAACAGGCAGGCCGUCCCUGCAAGACACUCCCACCUCCUCAUCAAAGAGACUGCCAGGUCAGAGGUUAUUCCAGCGCUCAGGGGGGGCAGGCUUUGACUCCUUCAGUGAAACCAGUUCCAUCGGACAAGCCGAGGAGAGCACAGGGGAGGGGAGCACAACUCUGAGCAGCAGCUUCCACCCACCCACCCCUCCACCCGCACCCGAGGAGAACUCACAGCCUGUGAGUGACGUCAUACAAGAGAAAGUCCCAGAGUCCUCUGUGCAGGUGAACGCACAGGUGGAGGCUGAAGUGCAGACUGAAGAGGAGAGACAGCCUGAAGGCCAAGAGGUGGAGCAGAGCGAGAGAUAGGAUGACUCUUUCUGCAGGCGUCCUCCAACCGUCCUCAAAAUGGUACCAGCCUAACUAACAGAUGUUAAAAACAAAGGUGUUAUUACAUUGUGAAUCUAACUCUUCCAGUUUUGAAGGAAAAGCUGAUGGAGAUUGGGCUGUUUCCGUACCAUUGUUUCAAGACAGCAAGAAAAUCCACCCCGGCUACUCUUUCUUUGCAUUCUAGUUAUUUACUGAUUAAAGAUGCAGUAGGUAACCUUUUAAAAAAAAUAACUUUUUGUCAUAUUUGCUGAAACUUUCAUUAUAUCCUGACAGUAGUACAUGAGACAGAUAAUCUGU